UUAAAAAGAAUUUAGCUACCUUAGAUUAUAAUAAAAAAGCUAUAAAAUUAGAACCUAAAAGUGAUGAUAAGAAUAUCAUAUUAGACUAUUCAACUUCUGAUAUCAAAAGUAAUAAAGAAAAAAUAUUCAACAAUAUUGGAAAUUAUAAUAAAAGAUUUAGUUAG